CUGGGCAGCUGCCUUUAUGUUUCCCAUCUGUCAAAUACACAGUAAUAGACAAGUGCAACAGGAUACACACACACAAACACGGACUAACAAACCUAGCAGCCGAAGCCAUGCCACAAACCCAAUCAACACUCAAACAAAACCCUCUGGAGAAGACCUGGGUUCCAUGGAUGCAAAGCAGACUGAGCAAACGCAGAGGCUCUUCAGUUCCUCAAUUCACCAAUUCUCCAACCAUGAUAGUGAUGGUGGGACUGCCGGCUCGAGGGAAAACGUACAUCUCAAAGAAGCUCACCAGAUACCUCAACUGGAUCGGUGUUCCAACCAAAGUGUUUAAUCUCGGACAGUACAGAAGAGACGCCACACGUUCCUACAACAGCUAUGAGUUCUUCAAACCUGACAACACAGAAGCUAUGAAGAUACGCAAGGCCUGUGCCAACGCUGCCCUAGAAGAUGUGUGUGAGUACUUCACCACAGGCCAAGGUCAAGUUGCAGUUUUUGAUGCGACCAACACUACAACAGAGCGCAGAGAGCUCAUCAUCAGCUUCGCCAAAGGAAACGGUUUUAAGGUUUUCUUUGUGGAGUCGAUAUGUGAUGAUCCAGAAAUCAUUGCUGAGAAUAUCAAACAAGUGAAGCUGAGCAGUCCAGACUACGCCGAUUGUGACAAAGAUGAGGCCGUGGCCGACUUCCUGCAGAGGAUUGAAUGUUACAAACAGACCUACGUUUCCCUGGAUGACGACAAGGACAGGAACUUAUCUUACAUCAAAAUCUUCAAUGUGGGCAGCAGAUACCUGGUGAACCGGGUCCAGGACCACAUUCAGAGCAGGAUCGUCUACUACCUCAUGAACAUCCACGUCACGCCCAGAUCCAUCUACCUGUGCCGCCAUGGAGAGAGCGAGCUUAACCUCAUGGGUCGCAUCGGUGGAGACUCUGGACUGUCACCUCGUGGGACGCAGUUUGCCGGAGCUCUGGGUGUGUACAUGCGUGACCAGAGCAUCAGUCAGCUGAAGGUGUGGACGAGUCACAAGAAGAGGACCAUCCAGACGGCAGAGUUUCUGGGAGUCCAGUACGAGCAGUGGAAGGCCUUAAACGAGAUAGAUGCUGGAGUUUGUGAGGAUAUGACAUAUGAGGAGAUUCAGGAGAACUACCCUGAGGAGUUUGCACUGAGAGACCAGGACAAGUAUAGAUACCGUUAUCCUAAAGGAGAGUCGUAUGAGGACCUGGUCCAGCGUUUGGAGCCGGUUAUCAUGGAGCUGGAGAGGCAGGAAAACGUUUUAGUCAUCUGUCACCAAGCUGUGAUGAGAUGUCUGCUGGCCUACUUCCUGGACAAGAGCGCUGAUGAGCUGCCGUACCUGAAGUGUCCUCUCCACACGGUGUUGAAACUCACCCCGGUCGCCUACGGUUGUAAAGUGGAAUCGGUUUUCCUCAACAUUGAAGCUGUUAACACACACAGGGACCGACCAGAGAACGUGGAUGUGGAUAGAGACCCGGUGGAAGCCUUGGAGACGGUACCCGACCACAUCUAGAGAUGAUCCAUUUUUUCAUGAACACCGAGCUGUUUUUAAUUAACUAUGCAGAUUGUAGUUUUCAUCACUGUUAGGUCUCACAGCAAUGAAAGUCACUGAUGCUGAAUGGUCUGUAAAAUAAAGAAGAUACAGA